AUGGUGGUGUUGUUGGCAAAGCUCUCCGCGGGCCCUGGAAAAUCGUCAUGUAGUGUUAGUCAUACUCGCAAAAAGGAUUGUGGUCUCCCGGAAGUCCUAUUAACAGACAUACCAAUGGAGUGCACGUCUUUAGUUUUCCAUACGGUUUUAGUAGAUCCAAAUACUGGGGUUGUUAAAACCAGUUCAGAUGAAGAAAACGACACUUUAAACAUAUUGUUGGAAAGUGGUAAGGAUGUAAUUAUAUAUUACGGCCGAUAUCAAUAUGAAUGGAUAAAGAUGCUUGCUAAUGAAGCUUCUAAUGGAGGAAAAAAUUCAUUAAAGGAAAUGGAAGCCUUAAAGACUUUUUUGGCUGAACGUCCAGCGAUCACUGCUAUUGUACUUAUAGGUUUACAAUAUCCGGUUGAUGCCACAGCAGAAUUUCCGACAUAUACUGAAGAUUUCAAAAAAUAUCUCAAUGUGUUCAAAACUACUUUACCAGACAUGUUAAUUGGGUUGGAUUUAUUCGGAUUUUCUUUAAUAGAUCAGUAUACCUACCCAAAAUUCAAAUGGUUGGAUAUCAAAGAAAUAAAUGGCGCUAUUGACUUUUACGCUGUUACUACGGAGAGUUUUAACUUAUGCGGUAAUGAAUUUAGAAAUACCGGAUGUGCUCCAAUGAAUGGAGAUAUGAAUCAUACAUUGGAUAAAUUAAAAGAUGUAUUACAGCAGGCAUGUAUUCCAAUAGAAAAAACAUAUUUUAAAUUCAGAACUACCCCAACAUCACCUGAUAAUUCACUUACUCUUUGUGAUCUGAAUUAUGAAAAGAUGUGUACACAGCCACAAGUAGCAAAUGAUUGGUGUUCAGAUACUCAAUCAUCAUAUAAUGAAAAAGGUCAAUAUGCGCAAAAAUACGGAGUAGGUUUUAUGGUUAUUUUUAUUGAUUAUGAUGAUCCUGGUAAUUGCUGUAACUGUGAUAAACCAUACCCUGCUUUCCAUGCUAUUCUUGAUGGUUUUAAUGGUGUUUCUACAAAAACUUGUGACUUAUUAAAAAGGCCUUAA